AUGCUUCCCGUGGAGGUAACAUGGGCCGCACUAUGCAGCUUUUCGACCGCACCGCGAACCAACCCACGACUUUUUGUACAGAUUCAAGAAGUAAAGGUUGCAGACUCCAUGGCUUCCUUCAAAGCAUUUUUAAACAGUCCAGUUGGUCCCAAAACGACUCAUUUUUGGGGUCCCGUUGCUAACUGGGGAUUUGUUAUUGCUGGGCUUGUGGACAUGCAAAAACCUCCAGAAAUGAUAUCUGGCAACAUGACUGGAGCAAUGUGUAUAUAUUCCGGGCUGUUCAUGAGGUUUGCAUGGAUGGUACAGCCUCGCAACUAUUUACUUCUUGCUUGCCAUGCUUCAAAUGAGUCGGUGCAACUUUAUCAACUUUCACGUUGGGCCAAGGGUCAAGGGUACUUGGGGGGAGAGAAGAAGGGUGAGGCCUCGUCUCAAUGA